UGAAAUAUAGACUAUAUAAAGACUUAAAAGAUGUGGGAUCAAGGUGGACAACCUUGGCAGCAAUGGCCUUUGAACCAACAGCAGUGGAUGCAGUCAUUUCAGCACCAGCAAGAUCCAAGCCAGAUUGACUGGGCUGCACUAGCUCAAGCAUGGAUUGCUCAGCGAGAAGCCUCAGGGCAACAGAAUGUAGUGGAACAACAAGGAAUGAUGCCAAACGGACAGGAUAUUUCAGGAAUGGAGUCUGGUCCAAACAACCAUAAUAAUUUUCAGGGGGAUCCCAAUUUCAACAGAAUGUGGCAGCCAGAAUGGGGAAUGCCUCACCAACCCCCUCACCCACCUCCAGAUCAGCAGUGGAUGACUCCAACCCCAGGUCAAAUGGAAAUUGUUCCUCCAUCUGAAGACAGCAACAGUCAGGACAGUGGGGAAUUUACUCCUGACAACAGGCAUAUGUUUAACCAGAACAAUCACAACUUUGGGGGACCUCCCGAUAACUUUGCAAUGGGGCCAGUGAACCAGUUUGACUAUCAGCAUGGGGCUGCUUUUGGUCCACCUCAAGGUGGAUUUCACCCACCUUAUUGGCAGCCAGGACCACCAGGACCACCAGGUCCUCCAGCACCUCCUGCACCUACUCAAAAUCGAAGGGAAAGACCCUCGUUCAGAGAUCGACAGCGUUCACCUAUUGCGAUGCCUGUGAAGCAGGAGCCUCCCCAGAUUGAUGCUGUGAAGCGUAGAACUCUGCCUGCCUGGAUUCGUGAGGGCCUGGAAAAGAUGGAAAGAGAAAAACAGAAAAAAUUGGAAAAAGAGAGAAUGGAGCAGCAACGUUCACAGAUGUCUAAAAAAGAGAAAAAGGAAAGUGAGGAGGCUGAAGAAGGGGAUGGCCCACGGUUACCUCAGAGAAGUAAAUUUGACAGUGAUGAGGAAGAUGAAGAAGCUGAAAACACAGAAGCUGUAAGUGUUGGGAAAAUCAGCAGGAGUCCAUCCCCAGCUCCUCAAGAGGAGCAAAGUGAACCAGAAAUGACAGAAGAAGAAAAGGAGUAUCAAAUGAUGAUGCUGACGAAAAUGCUGCUGACAGAGAUUCUCUUAGAUGUCACAAAUGAAGAAAUCUAUUAUGUGGCCAAAGAUGUUCACCGUAAAGCAACUAAAGCUCCUGCAAAACAGCUGGCACAGUCCAGUGCACUGGCUUCCCUCACUGGACUCGGUGGACUGGGUGGUUAUGGAUCAGGAGACAGUGAAGAUGAGAGGAGUGACAGAGGCUCUGAAUCAUCUGAUACUGAUGAUGAGGAAUUACGACACAGAAUAAGGCAAAAACAGGAGGCGUUUUGGAGAAAAGAGAGAGAACAGCAACUACUACUAGAGAAACAGCUAGAAGAAGAAAAGCUACAAAAUGAAAAAGUUUCAAAAGAGACGAAUGAAUUUAUCAACAAAGAACAAAAUAGUAACUUAACAUCACAGGAGGCAAAAGAAAUUGAAGCAGAUAUGGUUCAUGAAAAGAAGAGAUCUCCAAAUGCAAUCACACCUGAUGUAGAACUCAAGAAAGAGGGUAAAGAGAGAACAGGAAGGAGUGGGUCAAGAAGCUCUAGCAGUGGUAGCAGCAGCAGCAAUAGCAGGAGCAGCAGCAGUAGCAGCACAGUAUCCAGUUCAUCGUAUAGCACUAGCUCAGGUAGCAGUCGCAGCACUUCGCGUUCUUCCUCUCCCAAAAGGAAGAAGAGACACAGUCGCAGUAGGACGCCGUCACAUAAAGUUAGGCGCAGUAGAAGCAGGAGUUACUCCCAUAGAAACAGGAGAGAGAGGAGUAGGAGCAGGGAGAAAAUAAGGGAAAGGAGAAGAUCUAGUAGAAAUCACAGUGCUGAAAGAGGGGAGAGGCGGAGAAAUCGGAGUCCUUCGAGAGAGAGAAGCUGGGAUAGACGUAGAAGCGGCAGCCGCUCGAGAGACCGGCGAGCCAACCGUGCGAGCCGCAGCAGGAGCAGGGACAGACGUAAAGCUGAAGACCAGCGUAGAAGCCCUACUGGAAAUAGGCACAAACAUAAAAGUGAGGGUAAAGAUCAAGAAAGGAAGAAGGAGCAGGGUGGAGGUGUAGAUAAAGACAAAAAAAAGAACAGAGAAAGGGAGAGAGAUCAGGAAAAAAGAAAAGAUAAGCCCAAAAAAGAGGAAAAAGAAAGUAAGGCUGGCAAUCAUGACGACAGUAGAUUAAAGAGAAAAAGAGACAGCGAAAGAACUUUCUCUCGCGGUGAUUCAAUAUGUGUGAAAAUAAUAAGACAGGAUUCCAGACAAGAAAGCAAAAAAAUUACUACCAAAGAUAGCAAAAAACGAUCAGGCUCUGAAUCUAGUGCAAGGAGUAGUUCUGAAUCACCAGGAAGCAGUAAAGAAAAGAAGGCUAAGAAAUCGAAGCAUAUUCGGUCAUGCUCCAUGGAGAAAUCUCAAAGGUCUGGUAAGAAGGCAAGCCGCAAACACAAGUCUAAGUCACGAUCAAGGUAGUAUACUUUUAAAGUAUUUUGUCUGACUUUUAAAAAGUUUUUUUAUAUUCGUCUUCAUGUGUACGGCAUAUGAACUUUUAAAACAAAGUAUGGUAUUUAUUAAACUUUUUGUCUUAGGCAAAAGUAACUUUGGAAAAUCUUUUAAAACUAUUAAUUACUAAGCCUAAAGUGUGUGUGGGUUUGGGGGUCUUUUUUUUUUCCAAUUAACUUUUUCCUCCUUUUCCUUUAUUUUUCAGAUCAACAACUCCUCUCCGUCGUAAACGCUGAGGAAUUUAUGGCACCAGUGCUAUGAUGUUUAAAAAUUCCAUGAGUUAUAAAAGGCUUGUCUCAUUAUAGAGGCACAUUGUGGCUAUGUAGGUGAAACCAGAAUCCUUUUUUUAUCUGUAAAUAGGUGUAUUUUUUCCAAAUGCUGCUCAGAAUUAAAUACCUAAUAGGAUUUCUUUGUAUUACAUUUUUUCAAGAACGGUAGUGCUUAUUAAGACUAUAAAACAGGCCAUUCUCUUUCAGCUGUAAUGUUCUUAAAAUUACUAUUGAAUGUACUGUGAUGUCAAUAAAGCUCUUUAGUUCAUUUUUUGUUUAAAAUUCUUGCACCUGAAUUUUGUGGUAAAUGGUAGAAAGUACUUAAAAAAAAAGAAAAAGGCAGCUUUUUUUGGUAUAACAGAUUUUUAAAGUACUUGAUAAAGAUUUAACGUGAAACACUUGUAAUCCAUGGACAUGAUGAGAUGAUUGGGGGGUUGUGGAAGAACAGAGAAAGACAUCUUAUUUUUCUUUAGAUAUGUGUAAUAGCCCUUUUUAAUAACCCUUUUUUUUUUUUUUUUGGUCUAGCUGGUUCUAUAUGCUGUGUGUGUAAAAUAUGGGUGACUGUAAUACCUAAGCUAUACUUAAACAGACUGAACCCCACUAGGAAUAUGUGCGAUUAACUGAUUUCAUGUGGCAGUGUUAAGCUCUGGAACUAUAUUCCUCACCCAGUUUUCAGAGAGAUCUUUGGAUGUUCAGGGAUAUUACACACAUCUCAGAAUUUUAGAUGUUUUUGUGGAGUAUGUUUAUAAAUGUCACUCAGUACACACUGGAAAACUGACAAUAGAUUAACUUUAC